AUGACUGCCGACCGAGUGACCGAAGCACUCCUGGCGCUGGAGGACGCUCAAGCGAGCACCAAGAUCCAAGGCUACAACGACCUGCUCGACAAGAUACUCGCACAACCCGAUCAACUCUCCUCAAAUCUCGUCGCCUACGUCCAGUCCAUCCUCGGAGACUCUGUCGGUAUCGUCACUUCUCGCCCUCUACUUGCCUCGUUUGUCGACAAGCUCGCCUCUCUCCCCGAUGCCGACAUCAAGGUCGCCGUCGGCACUCAAGCCAUUGACGCCCUCGCUCCCAAAGUCGUCUCGUUCGAAGAACAGGACAGCGCUCUCAAACUCAUGCUAGCCAAUAGCUACGAACAGAACGAGGACUUCACUUCGUCCGCAAAGGUCUUGCAGCAAAUCACCCUCGACUCAUCCCAACGCCACGUCACCGACGACGACAAGGCAAAGAUCUGGAUUCGCAUCACCCGCUGCUACCUCGAAGAGGACGACCCUACAAACGCUCUCUCCUAUCUCAACAGAGUCAAGAACGUCAUCUACAAUGUCCAAGACCAACCCACAAAACUGCAAUUCCAGCUCUCCCAAGCCCGCAUCUCCGACUCUCAGCGCAACUUCCUCGACGCUUCCAACAGCUAUCUGAACCUGUCACUGGAACCGGUCAUCGACGAGGAAGAACGUCUACAAGCUCUAUCGGCCGCAAUCGUCUGUGCCGUCCUCGCUCCUGCAGGUCCCAAACGCGCACGUCAACUCGCUCGUCUCUACAAGGAUGAUCGCACACCACAAUGCGACGAGUUUGCAAUUCUCGAAAACAUCUUUUUGGACCGUGUCCUCUCGCCGGCCGAAGUCAAGGCAUUUGCUGAAAAGCUGCAGCCCCAUCAGAUGGCAAAGACUGCUGAUGGCAGCACCGUGCUCGACAAGGCCGUCUUGGAACACAAUCUUCUUGGUGUCUCGAGACUUUACUCCAACAUUCCUGUCACAAAUCUUGGUAGCAUGUUGGGUGUUGAUGCCGACCGCGCCGAAGCAUAUGCCGCACAGAUGAUCGAGCAAGGACGUCUCUCUGGUUACAUCGACCAGAUUGACGCUUUGAUCCACUUCAGCAACGAGACAAGCAACAGUGAAGUCGCAAAGACGAGUGGUGCUAGUGUUGGUACCAGAGAGCUGAGAAUGUGGGAUGCCAAUGUGCAGGGUCUGACCGAGGAGGUUGAGCGUGUUACUACCAUGAUCCAAACAACUCACCCCGAGUUCUACGAGUUGAAAAUGGGCGCUUGA